AUGGAAUGCAUUCCUUUUUUUGUAGCGAAUUAUAUGAGCUGGGUGAGUCGAUGUUGCUCGAAAGGCCGACGAAAAGCCAGCAAAAGUAACGACCCAACAUCAUGCAAUUCUGAUGAUCUGGAUCGCAGACGAUUCAAAAGCUUGUUGGAUCGCAUCAUCUGCCGACACUCCGAGAGAAUAUGCUGUGUUAAAGAAAUCCAGAGAAUGAGUUGCGAGAGUGGAAAAUAUGAAGCAUCGUAAGUUAUUAAUUACUUAGUUAAAGCAGAAAUACUCGUAAGUGCUCCAUGCUCGGCAACAGAAAGCGGGUUAUGAGUUCCGGCCGGGUGGGCCUCAUGGCUCGCAUGCGCCUCUAACUUUACUUCUCCAUUUGUCCCUUUAUCAUUCAGCCAAAAUCGUUCCUGUGACUCGUUCAGACCCUUUGUUGGUGGAGAUGACUUCCGAAUUUGUUGCGACUGCUGUGCCCUGGGAAUCAAAGCCAAAACUGACUACGACGUCCCUUGUUCUGUUGACUUAUUUCCUGUUAAUGCUGGGAAGACCUCGAGCUCGCAGUGCAUAAAGGCUUUUAAACAGUGUUGCAAUGGUAAGAAAAUAUUAUAAAAUAUUUUGCGAGUGAUCAUAUUUCACAAUGAGAUAUUAGCGUAAAUUGUUGCUGACGGCUCCCCCCUAUUUUCCCUCCAAUUAUAAGCCCCCCGAAUUUCAUAACCUUACCCUCCAUCGGAAUGAAUAAAUUUGAAUUAUGAUGAAGCUUAGUGAAAAACCAUUUGCUUCGAAGCGCUUUUUCUAUUCCGAUUAUAAGCCCCCCUCCUUCCGCCUUUAAAAGCCCUCUUAAAACCCCUUACGAAGAUGUUUAAACCCAAGGCUCAUGAGUGGUAGUUAACAGUAUAACAAGGUCGCUCCAGUUAAUAAUAAUGCUACUUUUCUGAAAGGGUUUCCAUCUAGAUAAAUAGAAAUUAAACCUCAGACCCUUGGUUUCAACUUAGUAGACCGAAAAACAUUUCAUUAUUUUGGCGAAUAUCAGCAAACGGAGUAAGAGUGACUCAGAAUGGUUGUUCAGUAUAGGGUAUUUUUUUAUGACAUCAUUGUCGUGUUUCAGUAAGAUUUUGCUUCUUGAAGUUAAUAUAUUAUUUAAACUAUAGACCGCUUUUUCUUGUGCAUGCCUUACUGGAGAAAUAGACCACGCGAAAUUUUGAGAGAACACCGGAAAAACCUAUCAAUGUCGAGCUUAUUGACUAUAUCUACAGUGGUCGAUUUUCCUACCAGACCUUGAACAGACGAAUGCCAAAUAUAUUUUGAUUCUUUUAGGAUACUAGAACAGCCUUUCCUUUGGCAUUAUUCCAUUCAACGGUUUUGCCGUUUUGUUAUGUCUUCGCCUCUGUACAAUUGUAAAUCAAGAGAACAUUUGGAGGUCAAUUUUUGGUGGGAUUUUCUUUCCUUGAUGACAUAUAGCGUGCCGCCUAAAACCGCUCAUCACAGAGUAGGUUACAAUGUGUUACAAUUUUCAGGGACAUUUUUUCGCUUUGAUUAUAAAUUGCUGCCGUACAUGUAAUACAAGUCGCCCCAUAAGGGAAUCCGGAUUCCGAAAUCCGGGAAAUUUCAGUUUGCUUGUGGAAUUCGAAAACCUGGGCUUUGGAAUCUGGAACGUAGUUCAUUAGGAAUCCGGAAUCCAAGUUCCACUUACGUGGGGCGAAUACAAUACACAUUAGUGGACGCGGUCGGGCUAUAAACUAUCAAAAAGCGAUUACGACGGUCACAAAAUCUUUACACCCUGCACAUUGUAUGCCUUAAUAACUCUUGAAAUCCUUUCAACGAGAUAUGAUAUGAAUUUUGUCUUUAUAGGCUCGGUGACCGUGAAUCCUCCAAUUAAAAUUCCACCGAACCCGAAAUGUUCUGAUAACUUUUGUCGGCAAGAGUGCCGAGACAUACCGAAUGAAGGAGCCAAGUGUUAUUGUCGCAGUGGUUACCAGCUCCAGUCAGACAGAGUCUCUUGCCAGGGUAAGAAAACAAUGAAUGCUCACUUUAGAGUGUUUUAUCUUUUGUUAAAUAUCCCCCGUCCCCCUAUUCAAUGUUGGGAUGCAGCAGAACAAUUACGGCGAGCACAGUCUCACAUCCGAUGAGCUAGGAAUAAAUAUCUAUUACUUCCCUGCUUUUUUUUUCUUUUUUGCCUUUUUGGAGAAAUGGGUGGGGGGUGGGGGCGGAUGGGGAUGUUGUUAGUACGUGUUCUUCAGCUGUUGCGACAUCCGCAAUCGUUACAAAAUUCGGAAGCCGCCAAGAUCUUUGACACCAGUACCGAAAUCCGCAAGCUGUCGGAUAUUCUAAGGUUUUUCAUAACUUGGGAUUGUCCUAUAUACUCCUUAACGAUGUAAUUUCUAAAAUUCACGCCAUUAAAGUAAAAGACUAACUGUGUAUUGAUGAAGAAGGUGAUCUUCUUCCACAUUUAUUCUCAUCUAAUCUGAUGUUACCACCACCUGUGUUGUAUAUUAAGCCGCACGGUAAGAGCUCCUUUCUAUGCACAUUUAAAACCCCAAAAAAGAAAGAAAAAAAAUUGGAAACUGGAGAAGAAAAGAGUAAAGGGGGAAUGAAGAGAAAAAAAAAAUCAAUAACCAUACAAUUCCAUUAAGUUUUUUUUUCCAGAAAAAAAAUGUUCUUGUUUUUUUUUUUUUUUGGAUUUUAGGGCCUUACACAUUCCAGCCAACUUUAAAAUUUUCACUAUUUCUUUGUCUUAAAAGAAAGAAAAAAUUAGGAAAAUGGGAAAGGAAAAAAUGAGGAAAUGAAUGGGUGAAUAAAUAACUAAAAAAAGUGAAUGUUUUUCACUCUGCAGACAUAGAUGAGUGUCGGCUCAGAGGUGAAAACGUUUGUGGUCCUUUAGAAGUUUGUGUCAACUCACCCGGAAGUUAUCGAUGUGUCAAUCAAACAGAAGCGGCGUGCAAGAAGGGAGAAGAAAAACAAGGCGACUCAUGUAUAGGUUAGGGCUCCUACUAUUAUGACUAUAAUAUAUUCUUUUCUACCCAUUUAAAUUAAUAUGCUUAAGUCCUUAUCACCUUACAGUGUCUAGUAUUUUGACAGUCAUUUGUUGUGCGAUCGACUCGUCCCUUUAGGGCGUUUCCUAGGCCUUCUCGCGUUUAAUUCAUUUCGGGUGGCAUAUCCGAAACGCAUUAGCCGCGCACAUUAGUGACAAAGCCACUCGCAGAUCCACAGUGGGCUACAUUUGAGGUCAUAAAACACAAUUCUCCACCAAGAGCUUUACAACAGUUUGCCCAUUAACGAAGAACCCAAUAAUGGCUCUACCUGUUCUAAUUCAUAUACUUAAGAUUGUUUUUUUUGCUUACUUUUUUGUUGGCGAGGAGAACUUUUGAGUGGUUUAAAAUUGUGGUUGAGUACAUUUUAUAUAAUAUGUACCCAUUUCAAACCCUUUUUGUUACGCGAGAGCAAAUUAGUAAUCUUUUACUUUAUGUGAUGAUUUGAUUGUGUGUGUGUCGUUUUUUUAAUUUCUUUAGACAAGGAUGAAUGUGCGACACGAGAAGCAAAAUGCCCGCGGUACUCAACCUGCGUGAAUACUGACGGUUCAUAUAGAUGUCAAUGUGAAAGUGGACGGAUACUUAAUAAUAACAAAUGCGAUGGUAUGAUAACCAGUUUAAAGUUGCCAGCCUGUGUUUUGAAAAGAAAAAAAACAAACAAACAAACACUUGUCCUUUUGUUAAAGGAAAUUUAUUUCUGAAAGAAAUAAAUGGUUUUAUGCUUAAUGUGACUGAUUAAUGUGUCAUUUCUCCAGUUACUGGGGAGGGGGCGUUCCUGCCAUCCGGGACCGGAUGGCGGGUGUGCCCUCACCUUUGCUGGGAUAAAUCGUCUUGUGGAUCUGGACUUUCCUAGCUUGAUAUGCUUAAAUGAAAUAAACGGCCACUCUUGUGGCCAAAUUUAUCCCAAACUGGAAUUGUCAUUAUUGGGUAUCCCAGCAAACAGAGCUCACCCAAAGCAAGACUCCACCAACAGCAAUAACUGACUCAAUAAUGCUAUCUAAAGGAACAUGGAGCAUAAAAAGCAUUUUCUCCGAUAAUUUUCUUAUUCCAUGUAUAAUGUAGAGGAUCUUCUCAACAAAUUACAAGCCAAGGGAAUUAAACUGAAGUUGCUAUUAAAGCUUUCAUAUCUGAGUUCAAAUUCCGGAGUAACCCUGAGUUAUCUUAACCCAGCUUUGAACAACCCGGCCCGUGCGUACAAUCCUGAUUCCCACCUUGGUUUAUGUAAUUUGAAUCCCUAGAUGUGGAUGAAUGCUCCAACGGCCAACAUUCUUGCCGCCGAGGAACAAGAUGUGAGAACACUAAUGGUUCAUACAGGUGUGCUCCCAUCAGACAGUGUCCCCCCGGACAAGAAUUCAACGCCCAGGGACAAUGCGUACGUAAGUAAAAAAUACCAAGUAAGUUGAAAAUAAACACAAUAUGCCACUUCCGUGUUCCAAAAACUCUCACUUUGAAAACUAGGCUAAGUGAAAACCUUUCUUGUGAAAGUGAGUUAUAUGUGCAUGAGAAUUUAAAGUCAUGUUCUUGUCAAAGGUUUCGCAGUUAGUCUCGCUUUGAAACAGAGGCUUGGGGCAACUCUGGAAUGGCCUAUUUAAUGAUAGGAUUAUUAGAGACCAGGUGUAAUGUUACAGACACACCUCUCUUUGUGAAGACUUAUUACUUUAAGCCAAAACGCAUUUUGCGGCAAAUCUGUCCCGAAGACAUCUCCACUCACAGUUCAACUUGGUGAGUUUGAUUAGGCAUGUAAAUUCUUUCUUUUUUUAGUGGAAGUACACUUAAGCUUGACUACUCUAGCUAGUUCAUCAGAUGAUUAUAGACAUAACAGGAUUAAAAACUCAACUGGCAAGAGGAAGCCAGUUUGUCUUUUUGGAGACCUGACCUUGCAGCUGAACUAGAGAUGACCGAGGAACAAGUGUUUGCGAGUCCAAUGAGCCAGUCUAAGAAAAGAAACGUUAUUACCAGCUUAUAUUACACGAUAUCUCAAUUGAUUUUAUUUAUUCCAAAUUACUUCUUGGCAAUAGUUAAACUGCAGCAAUUACUUCUCUUGUUACAGUGCAAGAAUUAUUUCGCCAUAUUUCAUGACUUGUGGGUGUCUUUUUUUUACAAUGUUGCCUAGAUCAGUAAAAAAAAACAAGACUUUCAUGUGGUCAAAAUCUACUCUUUCUUCUUUAAAUCUACAAUUCCAAAUUUACGAUUAUUAAAUUACAACAAGAAGGGAUAAUGGAGGGCGGAUCUAUUAAUGAUUAUCCUCUCCUGCUUACAAACAUUUCUGCGCGUUCCAACGGUUUAGGCAUGUUCUAACCAUGACCGUUUUCUAAUAGUAUAUAAUUUCAUACGACGCAUCCAGAUAUCUCUAUAACAAAUUUUAUCAUAUCUAAAAUAAAAUGUGAUUUACGUGCCUUGAAUAUAAAUUCCUAUGUCAUUCGAUAAGCUUCUCUGUGUAGCAGAGUUUUGGCAUCCAGAAUAUGAUUUAUUUUUAACUGACCCAUGAAGUCAAUAGCAUUUCUUUAAAGAAAUAUCAAUGGAGAAUUCUCUCCGGGGGACACAAUUCAUUUUUCAUUACAAUUUUGUCGUACCACCUAUUCUUUAGCCCCCUAUUUUCUUACUCUACGUGCAUAUGAUUUUUUUUUGCCAUUUUUAAGACACGUUUUAUGCAUUGAGGAAAACGUCUACAUAACUGAGAGAUGACACUUUGUGCCACAAACGUUUUGCUCUGUUUUUUUUUUUGUAUGUUUUUCUUGCAAAACUUUAAUCAACUUCCGCCAAUUUGGAAUGGCCCUCUGCGAACUAAAAAGCCGAAGUCUCUGCUCGAUCUGAUGGGCCAGUAAAAAUGUGCUAUUUUUAUUCUUAAAAAUAUACAAUGUAAUUCGCUAAUCCUGACUACUGCUUUAAUAAUGGGUCAUAGAAAAAAAAACAGCAGUUCGAAGUUCAACAGAUGACAGAUGACAGACUGAAAUGGUUCCCACCACUACUAAUUCGGUCCUACGUCGGUGAACUCAUCUUUAGUUUUAUCCUCUUCUUUCUCCGUUCUGUAGUGAUCCCAACAAAGCACUUUGUUGUUAUAAAAAUGAAAGUUCUCGCCUACUCUGAAUCUUUGUCUGCAGAUCUGACACGAAAAGCAUUCGAUGUGGUAGGCGUUCUUCCCUGCUCUCAUAACAAACUCAAACGCGGCUAUUUGUUUGUUACACGCAGAGCAAACACCAGGAAUUCCAAACAAUCUACCAAUCGAGAAAAGAAAAUUGAUUACAAUUAGCAAUUUAAAAUGAACAUCGUUAGAAAGUAAGUGAUUUAGGGAAGGUUUUGAUUUAUGGCCUUUUAUGCGCCUUUUAGCAAUCAGAGACACAAUGAUGAUGAUGAUGAUGAUGUUAAAUGUAAUGAUGGUGGAAUCUCUGAUUUGACCAAAAAGGUUUGCCUCUAAAGAAACAAAAUUACGGCACUAAGUCGGUGGAGGAUUGAAACGCGAAAAAUAGUUAUCGUUAACUGAGGCGGGAGGUUCAAUCAAUUGACCACCAUUAAGGUAUUCAAGGCUGACAUUAGGGUGGCCAAUUCAUCUUGUUGACACUGCUAUGAGGGUUUCAAUGGAGUGGCGGCAUUUACAGUUACCGUUAAACUUAUUGGAAAAACCUGAAAUAUUUCAGGAAUGACAAUUAAUGUGUUAUUACCAAUCAAUUAAGACAAAGAGCUUCUCAAGCCAGCAGGCUACAAAACCAAACAGAUAAUCGUUGUUGCUUGCGGUUUAGUUUUCUCGCUUCCUCAUUGCCUUUUUCUUUGUAGCGGUCUAAUAUUCCAGAAAUAUUAAUGGUGGUCACGGGUUUCUGAGUUUCACUGUAAUUUAUUUCUGUUAGUGCAGUCAGACAUGAAAAGAGGGAAAAGAAAAAGAAGUACGUAAAAGUUGAAAACCAAUUUCCACUCUAAGCAAUAUAAUUUUCGACACCAUCAGGAAAAAUCUCUUGGCGCUCGAAAACGCUUUUUGCGGUUCUCGUUUUUCCCUUUAGUGUCAAGCAUUUUCUUUUGCCUAAGCCCAACGAAUAAGUUACUUGGUAGUUUACAACUAUCCCUAACCCUUUGAGAUGGACCCUCUGACAAUCCGCACACCCUAGUUGACCUCGAUUAACACGAAUCCGGCAAACCCGGCUGACUCGGUUGGGGUAACCACACUAGCCCGCCCUCUCAUUUUAACCUGGAUAAUGGAUUUGAAGACGAGAAAGUAAUAAGGAGAAAUCUCAACAACUCUCAGCCAGCCGGCUUAUCCAAUUUCAUUCAAUGAAGAGGCCUCUAUUUAUUAGCUGAACGAAGUGCAGGUCACGCUUAAUAAUUCAUCGAUUCUUUUAAGUAGUUUAGUGACCUCAACUCUUAAUUGAUGAAGAAAAUGUAAAAAUAAUAAUAAUAAUAAUAAUUUAAAAAACGAAAGGGAAAGGAAAAUCUCUAAAAUUUUCAGCUUCAAAUUGUGGUGGAACUAAUGAUUUUGACGUCGCUCUAUCGGAUCAAAAUCUUUGGUGUACCGCGAAAAAAAUAAAUAGUUUUUUUUUACGUAAAAAUUAACACCCUUCUUUCUCGGCAGCUCCCUGCUUGGAACUUUCAUCAAGCGACGACUGGAUAUCUCGACUGGCUGUACAAUUGGCACUGUGGUUAUAUGUGAUCCUAAAUCUUAACAAAAAUCAUUAAAAUCCUUUUGUAGCGGAAUUUGUAAUGGCUGUGAGAAUAUGUCGAAUUUUUUGGCGACUUCAAGAGCAAUUUCGAGUUGAACGACAGAAAAUGUUGCAGGAUUUUUUUUUCUUAAGCUACGCUGCCGCAUAAUUUAGCUAUAUUUUUAGAUUAUUCUAAAAAAUGUGACCAAGACUGCGGCGAUAAUUGCACUGCUCUUUUGUCAAUACUAGACAAAUACAAUCUGGUGGUAAUAGUGGGUCAAGCAAGCAAAUACCGUUAAUUUUAACAAUAGAAGCAGAUUGAAAAAUUGAUUUCAUUCAGCAGUAUGAGGGCAAAAUCGCGUUUCAUCUUAAGAAUCAAACGAUAGUACGUCAAUUUACAUAAUAGGCAGUGUGCUGUCCUCUGAUACAUCAUCUUCUGUGGUAAUUCGAAGUACGGUGAAACAUUUCAUUCCGUACAUAUAAUUCUCCUCAUUAUUUAAACUUUUAAGCAUCACCUGGAACUCAUAAUAUUUUUUCGAUGGUAUUAAACAAAGGAAAUGUCGUUCCUUUGAGGCACGUUACGACUAUUUCCUCGUUGGCUUAAGGGAAAAUAAAUUUGUACUCUUUGUAAAUACUAGAGGAAAGGAUCUGGUGUUCUGAUGUACGAUUCAUUUAACUGUGUAUGGUCAAGAACACCCUGUACGCGCAGUAAAUUAACAAUUAAGAGAGAAAAUAAAACAAAACGAUCAAAGCAAGAAAAUGUCUACUUUAGAGAGCAAGUAAGAGUUAUAAAACUCAAAAUUAACAUGAAUAUUAGUCUUGAUAUCUUGAUUGCCUAUCGCUAACGAACGAGUUGUAAUCCGUAUUCAUCUUUGUUAUCAUUUUUACACUUUUAAUCCCCAAACUAAUCACCUCCUCAUUUGUCCUUUGCCAAAUGUUUUUAACCAAUUCUUUUAUGUAUUUAAUGCCAUUUAGCCAAUUAUAAGCAUAGUGGGGUAGGGGAAUGGGACUUAACGAUCUGUCAUAUUUCGAGCGAUCAUUUCUCCUUUAAUGGUGGUACGUUCAUUACUAACCUCAAGUAAUCUCGCUUGCAGAGGAUAAGGUUUGCCUUACUGUACAGCGUCGAACCAAUAUCGCCGAGUUUGCAUUCACAGCAAUUGCAUUUUAAGCACCCCUCGUGCCAGUACAUUCCCAAAGCUUCUAACAAGAAACGGUCAGUUAUGGGCAGUUUGCAUCCACUACAAAGAUGUUUGCUCUGUUGGUCCUUUGCGAGCUCAGUGCUUUCUGAGGCUGGGAAAGCAGCAAAUAAAAUAAACAAGUAUUAGCGCGCGUCGAGUUAGAGAUAUAUAUAUUUGUAAUUUUCGCAGAAAUGACGGCUGCGUUUGUUGCUUAGCUGUCUCAAGCGCUUGUUUUAAAAUUGAGGUUUUAUUGAAAAUUUUCGAAGCUCAGCAAAAUUUACGAGGGGAUUUAUAUUCGAGUUCCAUGAGCGCUGGUAACAAUUCAAAUGAAAGCGACGUCCGAUCUUACACGUUGUUCAUGUUAUUAAACAUUGAGCUCCUAAUCCUGUAUUUCCGCUAUACGUACGAGACAAUUUAGUAUUACGAUUAAAAUCAGCCAUGAUAUUCUAGAACAAGCUUACCCAUAUUUUCCUGAUAAUCGUAUAAGUUCUGUCUUACGUUUGUUGAGGCUAGAUGCCUGUCUUGUUUCUGUGUAAGCUCAAACCACGACAACCCUCAACCAGAAAUAAUUUCCAAAUCCAUUGUCUCCCGGUAUUUCAUCAGUCUUAUUCAACGCUAAUGAUUUCUGGCCGUGAAGUAACAAAAACACUGCUAUUCCGCGCGGUAAUUACCUAUAAUGACGCGAGUUUUUCUAUUGGCCAAGAUGAGCUAAAUAAAACAGGUAGCCAUGUGAAGUAAAAAGAAAAUCAUUGUAAUUAUCAAACGCUAUAAGCUAGUUGGAAUGGAUGGAAAGUUAACCAAGUAAGCGUUCUCAUUAAAGUAAUCAGUGCAAUGGAUCGACAUUUUCAGGUAGAUAAAAUUCGGUAUCAAUGCAGGGGAAUCAAAACCGGCGCAGGCCUUUUAAAAGAUGAAUUUGGAGUGGUUUUACGUAAAUAGGAAAAUUGCAGUUUUAAGAUUAAUCUCUCAACAGGAAAGAACGAUCGUUAAUUGGCCAGCUGUCCGUUCGUAGUUUACAUGCAAAUUCUUUUAGGCAAUUAUCAUGAAGUUUUUGUUUUAUAUGGCUAAUGACUCCCUUUACUUUUAUCAUGACUGAAAACACUUUCAAUUGUCGUAAAAAUAUAUAACAAUUAACGCAAGCAGAUAUCGCCUUAACUUCAAACGUAUUUUAAUUUUAAUUUUUUUUUAUACUAUCGUCUGUUUUUGCCCAACCAUAAAUCGAACUUUCUCUUUCAUUAAAGAUAGCUUUUUUGGCAGGAUGUAAUUAAUAUUUGAGAGCAUAUAGGCGGGGAGAGUUUCUACCCUUUGGAAGUAAUUUAGUUUAAGCGACACGAUAAUUGCUUUCUAUUAUGAAAUAACAAAAAGACCUUUUAGGAAGAGUUGAAGCGAUGAAAUUUUCUUGCCACAAGGCAAGCGCAACUGGUACCAAACUUGAAACAAUAAAACAAACUUUCCUCACAAAACAAUAACAGAGGCGGUUUCAAAUUAAUUGUUUUUCUGCUGGGACUAUACCGCCGGGGAAAUGAUAGAUUUGCAGUGCUCAUCUCGGGUGAUAUGUUAGCUCUCUAAGAAAUUUUUUAAAAUUCCAGUACUGAAAUUUUUUUUACGUAUUUUUUAACUGAACUCGAACAAUUGAAGAUCUGCUUUAUUCUUCACUCAAAGAAAUUGUACUCGCCAUUGACGAUAAUAAAUAAAGUUAUUAAUCAACUACAGGUUCGAUCCACAUGUCUAGCAUUCUGUCAUUUUUCAAGUUCUGUUUCAAGAUUCUAAAAUCUUCGAUAAACGCCCUAUCGCUUGGCUGCGUAAGGCCCAUCACCUUGAAUUGGGUUCGUAACAAACUUGGUCAUCGCAACGGCAUUUUAAUCCGACGCAAUUUAUCUUGAGUCCAUAAUUUAAAUUUGUGAUGUCUUGAAUUUCUGAACUAACAAACCAAUCGAGUUACCACUAUUUUCUAAGGGAAUAAUUCUAUUAUUAUGUUUAGGAGAAGUUUUAUAAUUCAGUGUUAUAAAAGUAGUUUGAGUUUGAUCUCAGUCUUAUAACUCAGUAAGAAAUUGAAAACGUUUAAUGCAUUAUCUUGUGUUCCAAUUUAUACAAGCACGCGUUUUCGAUUAGUAAUCUCAUUUAAACAACACGGCAGGAAACAAAACUUGUUUUUCGUUUAAUAUUUAUAGUCAUAUUUUCUACUGAGUGGCCCUCGAAGGCCCUAAUUUUGCAAUAGGAAUUCAAAUGUGGGCCGCCCACAAAAAAAAAAUUAUCUUUGAGGCAUCCUAACUCUACUACUUAAAUGUUGGCGAUUACGGCUUUGAAAGGUCUUUUUUUUUAACUUAACACUCUUCGUUGUAGAGGGAAUUUGUUCUUGCAUUAAGUAAUUGUAUACCUCGUGUCAAAGUUAGCUAAAGUUUGAAGAGAUUUUGCGUAGUUUAAAAUUCUAUUGAUAUAGCUUGCGAAAACAUCACACGUUAAUCUCUUAUACUGUUAAUCUCUUAUACUUAGUAGCUCAUAGCCUUUGGUCGAGUCAAUGCAAAAGAUUGCGUAAAGUAGUAAAAGUAGAAAAUAUCUCCUCAAAAGCUUUGAAUUCAGUUCGUAGCAUUUACUAGGAUAAGACAAAACAACAAAAAAAAACACUGAGGACGUACACAUAAAAACAAUUAAGACAGUGCAGUUCGAACAUUUGGAAGGGAACAUGUAUAAGCAUCUCAAAUGAGCAGCUUUCUUUAUUGUUGUUAGCCCCGUGGGGCAUUUUGUUACAGAUUGUCACAUUUCAUAUUAAAGCCUUGAACACUGAGCAUAAAGAAAGUUUGUGGUGAAAUUAACUCCCAGCCUAAGGAUAUCUUGUAAUUUUUUUAUAAAGGAAAUGCGUCAGAAACAUAAGUUCCUAGUGUUAAUUUUCCCAUAUUUUGCAUUUCAAUAGCCGCUUUUUGUAACAGUUUCAAAUAAAUUUCGUUAUUGUCUACAAUUAUCGUUAAUAUAUUACUCUCUUUGGAUGUUGCUGCUGAUGAACUGUGCUAAUCGAUAUCCGGCGGAAAUGACUGGUUUUUCUAGACAGUUUAGACCAUAACACCCCCACUAAUCGUACGAUUUUGUCUGUUCAGCCUCCUUCACUUGCGAAUCAUUUCGUACUUUUAAACCGAGGAGAGCUGGGUACGAGUCUUUUUAUUAUGAUAUGAACAACGCGAUGACCACAUAGUCAGAUCCAGGGCGGUCAGAUCACAUCGAGCUUUGAAUGCCUGUAUCUCGUUCAAUAUAGGCCCGAUAAACACCAAACUUGAGAUUUUUCCCGAACCCCAAUGUGAUCUUUCUUACUACGUGUGUCUCGUUGUGUUUAUCCCAUAAUUAACGGACUCGUACCCAGUCCUGCUAGGUUUGAAACUAGGCAAUGAAUGAUGCGUAAAAGUGAUUUCUCGUCUUAUUAGUAUGCUCGAGGUCUAACCGUUCUCACCAAACCCAAGAUAGAUUAGACAAAACUUUAUUCAUUCUUCAUUCAGUGAUCGGUAGUUAAUAGGUACGCAAUGCGUGCUUGAAGUAAUGGUACUUGAAUUAACGAUUGCAUAACGAAAUUUAUAACAAAUAUCAAAAUAUGCAGAUAAAUGAUCUACGCCGAGUAAAAGAGAUUGUUAUGCAAAGCAGUUGACAUUUUUUCACAAAUGAUGACAACCAUCAAUCCAGGAUUUUGUACAUCUCGAUUUCCUCUUUCUGAUUUGAGGGUUAACUCGUUCUAAGCCUCACUCGGUUUGAACUUAGGCAGUUCUCGUCAACAGAGCCUUAAGAGUUACGGCUGUGCAUCUCACUCGUUUCCAGACUUCGACAUAAAGCGUGCGAAACUGACGAGAAAGUUGAGGGGGCGUCUUCUCUCUUCCUUAUUCCCAUAACCCUUUGCUCCCCCAUCUAGCACUUCCAUACCGCGCGCAAGACAAUUGGGGACGAAUCGGGAUGCGCAUGACCAGUGGUCAUGCGCAAUAAAGAAGAGCUCUGGGCAGAGUUGUUCGAAGGACGAUUGGCGCUAAUCCAGGGCUAGUUACCAUGGCAACCCAUAAGUUCUGUUUACAGCUAACUUACCACGAACAAGUCGGCCCUGCAGUCCGGAAUGACUUAAGAUAAGCGUAACGUGAUUUCCGCAGGCGCAGAAGCAUAAGAUUUUCACACUGCUGGCACGCUGACAGUGACAGUUUUUCCAUUGCUUUUGCUUGUACUUGCUAAGCAUAAUUACAAUCACACGAAGAAGGUUAACCCCAUCCAGUCAUGUGUAGCCUUUAGGGUAGACGAAGAGUUCCCUCCCAGACGUCAAGUGUUUGUAACUGUUUUUUCUCCCAAAGGCUCUCAAAAUGGUUUUAAAGCAAAACAAGCCAAGCUCCGUGACUCUUAUCAAGAAUUCGUCUGCACCCCGGCCGCCGGAGUAUGGCUAUUUUUUGCUUCCUCCAAACAAGGGGGGACUUUGGAGGUUCCCUCUGAUCUAUAACUUCAAACCGCUCAUGACUGGGCUACCAAAAUUACAAAUCUAGGUUUAAUCUCAUUGACAGAAUGAAGUCAGUAUGAAUUCAUUGUUAAAUUUAUUAACAAGAACCAGUCGAAAUCCAGAGGAAGGCCUGUGAAGUCGAAUGUAAUAAAAUCUGCAAACAUUUAUGUAUGCGGAAAAAUUCGGGUAAAUGUAGGGUGAAUGUAGCCUCAGAGCACUGUUAGGUUGUUCCCCGACAUUUCAUUCUGCCUGAAGCUUGUUCCAGGCUCCUAGAUAGUCUCGAAAUUGAGAAAGCGCGACUUGCUUUCGCUUUGCUUGUUUUAUUUUCGUCUCUACUAUGCUUUCUGAGAGCCUGGCACAGUCUAUUCCCCGUUUUAUUCCUGUAGCAUCGUAUCUCUUUAAAUCGCUAAUUUCAUUGGACACUUAUAUGUUGAAGCUGUUUUGGUUUGGGGUUAAGUUCCAUUGUUAACUUUGUUUGUUCAUUGUUUUCCCAACUAAGGGCCUGUUUACAUGGAGUUGGGAGACCCCGCCAGGUAGGCGAGGUAACUCGCUUGUCCAUAUCAUCUCUCAUUUAAUUUGAUCACGUUUACAUGUUAGGUGGGGUGACCCGCCAGACGUUACCUUACCUCACCUAUCUGGGGUCCCCACCUCCAUGUAAACAGGUCCUAACCCUGUGGAACCGGGUUGCCGAAAUGUGCAGCUCCGCUAAAGGCCUAAUAUUUUCUUCGCUUAAACUUGUAAACCUGGUUUAAUCUUCCUCAGUUCGCGUACUUAUUGCGCGUGACUGCUCGCAAAAUUCAUUGUUUAAAAAAAACUUCUUGCAAUUAAUCCUCGGUUAUUCGGUGUAACUCGGCACUCACCAGUUUCCUAACUAGUUUCCGUAUUGAGUGUUCGGAAAUAUCAUGAAAGUUUUUGUCUCCUUUCCUUUGUCCUUUCAGCUAAGAGAUUGGAUAUUUGUACCAGAAUCCAGUGCGGCACAGGUUUUAUUUGUGACCGUAACAAUCCCCGUCAACCCUGCCAAGGUAAGCUAAAACAGAAAUCAUUUUGCUGUUUUAUCUCUUUUCGGAGUGUUUCAACCAACGCUGGUCCAUGGGUUUCUUCUCUCUUUUUUGCGCUGCUUUAUGGCUCAAGUUUAAAGAGGAAGAAAGAUUUAAAGCCAGGGCAGUAUAGGUAUAGCUUUGUCUCGCAAUUUAGCCAAUUUUGAGUAGUUUGGCAACAAACUGAAUAAGAUGUAAACUUUAACGCUGAAACAGCGAAAGAAGAUAUUUAAAAAUAACACAGUGCAUUUUUGCGGGUAGAAUCCGGAAUCCUGGGCUUUGAAAGGGUAGUUUAGCUCAAGGAAUCCGGAAUCUAAGUUCCAUUGACAAAAAAUCCGAAAAACAGUAUCUGGAAUCUGGAAACCACAACCUGGAAUUCAGAAUCUAAGAGUGUCUUGGUUCGCCCUACAUGGGGCCAGACUGACACACUUUGUUGUCAUGUAGCCGUUCAUGUAAUGGUCGAGUCAUUUUAAGUUAUUUCUUUGCUGAAGUUUCAUAGUAAUAAGUAAUGGUCAGAACUAACCAAAACGGAUUCAACUGCGGUAAUGACGUUCCUCUUACCUCAUGGUAUAAAUAAGUAAGGCGUCGAUGUUAUUUUUUGUUACUAGAUAUCGACGAGUGCAAGUUAUCGCCUGCUAAGUGCAACGCAAGUGAGACCUGCAUCAAUUUUAUCGGAACUUUUCAAUGUCGAGGUUAGUAUUGGCCCGAGGAAACGUUUAAAUUUUUAGUCGUACGAGCAUGCAAUGUGUUAUUUGUUGGGUGCAGACUAGUCGCCUGCGCAACCGUUUCUGGACAUCAGCAAACUAGUAAUAUCCUCACCGCCUAAUAUUAAGUUGUGAGUAAAGUCCAAGCCUGCUGAAGCAAUAGACCAUGAUGCAAUAAGGAUAACGCUGAAGUUGUCAACCGCCACUAGGGGAGGUGGGCGGUUCGCGAAAAUUGACCGUGGUCCAAGAGUACCGAUCAUUAAAAUGACCACGUUUUAGGUAGUAAGGCCAAAUUUGAAGUCAAGGGACGUAAAGCAUUACAACAGGUACAAGCUUACGGGAUUUAGAGGAAAUGCGCACAGAUUAUACAAAAUUGCUGGGAUGAGCAAAUUAACUAUGCAGUGAGAAUAGAGAAGGUAAGGGAGCGCCCUCUUACGCCCAGGUCAAACUUAUAACUUCACUUGUGACUAACAACUUAAGCAAACUGUAUUGUCCUGUUGUCCUUUUUGAAAACUUUAAAUUUGACUACAUUACGUCAUAGUUAAUCAUCACAGUAGUCAGAAAUACAGUCAAACCCCGUCUUACGGACACCCGCUUAAUAUGGACACCUCAUUGUUACGGACAUGCAGUUUGCUUUGUCCCAGGGGAAAGAAGGUCGUUACAUUUUCUCUUAAUUCAACCCGCUUAAUACAAACAAUCCGUUAAUAAAGACAUUUUCUAUAACCCCUUCAGUGUCCAUAUUAACGGAGUUUGAUCCUAUGAAUCUUAAAUUUUCUAUUUAAAUUUAUUUUGGUCUUACUUUUUAACUUAACGGUACUAGUCAUGCGAAAUCUGUAAACUAGCCUUAUGGCUGAAUAUAUUUCCACGUUACGUAAAUUGUGCUAUAUCAUAUCAUGACUUGUGCAAAUCUUCCAGACCCUUGCAAAAAUGUGGACUGUGGAGCAGGACUCAAGUGUGCACCGUUAGGGAGAUCAUACAGUUGUAUAGGUAAGAAUAAAAACUGGCUAUGUGCUCUGGAAAAAAAUAAUAACCAGUGGGUUCACUGAAACCCCGUUUACACGGAACCGUGGAAAUUCUGUUGCACAUUGCAGUACUGUUUACCGUUCAAAGACUUGCAUGGUUCCCGCGGGUCCUGAGUAUACCAUGCAAGUUUUUUCCGUUCAAAAAUUUGUCCAGACCCGUGUAAACUAGGUCUGAGGCUUGCGCUGUUCUUGGUCUUUGAGAACUUGGUGGUUUGGUUUCACCUUACCCCGUUGGCAUUGUGAAACAUGACGUAAACUACGCCAGUUAUACUUGAAACGGGGGGUGUGUAGCAAGUCAAGUACGUCGAAAAUUCCUUACCUGAGGUUAUUAACAUAUAAUCAGUCACGUCUCCUAAGGUGAAUAUUUCUUUAUAAUUAUCAAAUCGCGGCCAUCUUGGAGCCGCCAGCUUGGAAUACGUUAACUUAUUAGUCUAUUUAUUCAUCUUUUUAUCACUUUUUUAUUGUCCUCUAUGCUGGUGUCCCUGAAUAAUGAAAAGGCGACCAUGUUGGUGUUCCAAACCAGUCCUUUUUCUUAUGUAAAAACUUCCUUUUGUCCCAAUAAAUUUGCAUUGCUGCCGGCCACGUGAUUACAUCGCCCCCCACUUCUUCCCCCUUCGAAAUUUUGCUUGACAAAGUUACUAAAAAAAGGCUAUAUCUUUCUAAUCGCGUAGCGUUGCAUUUUCUUUAGAUAUAGACGAAUGCAGACUCUCUCUGAACAACUGCACGGGUGACCAUGAGAUCUGCGAGAACCUAUAUGGUGGUUACAACUGUAGAUGUCGCGAUCAGUUCACAAGGAACCAACAAACCAAGAAAUGCGAGCGUAAGUUUGUUUGUAGAUCUACGUGUCUACUUUUACACGUUUCCGUCUGGUUUGAGCUCAGGUAAAUGGACGGCAGAAGGAACUGAGAGGACGGCAAAACGUUUGCGUGUGACAAACAUGACUGGGCUAUUACUGGCGAGUUUUUUCCUUGAUAUUCAGUUGACGAUACUAGUUUUGGUCAGUUCCAAAAAGAUUUGUUUAAAGGAAGGCGAAAUUGGGCGGAAUUAUCACAUUUACGAGGCUUACUGUCUUCUUUGCCCCGGCGUCCUUUUGCGUAAGUUCAAUAGUAUUGAAGGGGGACAGGUUUACAAGUACUUAAAAUAAACUUUUUAAGUCCCGUUCGUAUUCAUUUGUCUUUUAGUUCGAUCGACGAUCCUUAAGGCCGUCUAGUCUCUUUCCUCCGCCAAGGCUUCUUUGUGCCCCUAGGGGACUGGAAAGAAGCAACACUGAUGCGCGCUGGAGACGAUGGGUGAGAGAAAACAAGAUUUCUCUCUUCUCAUCGUCCUCUACGCGCUCGCUACUGUUUCUUUUUUUUAUUUCAUUCUCUUAUUACUUAGUAUGGAAAGCCUUUUGAGAGGAAUAAGCAGUUUGUUUUGUGUGCCAUAAAACUGACCCGGGAUUUUCACGGUGGAGUUCAAGAACUCUUGAAUCUGAAUAACGCAUUUGCGCGAGAAGUGGAAUUAAGUAUGUCAAACUUGUGCUGACGCGUCAAAACCUUUUUACUCUUAAAUCAACCCAAGUAUUUCUCAGACUCCUUUCCCUAAGUUUCUUGUAGUUCUUGAGAUGAGAGUUUGUCUACAAAGUAAAUGCUACUCAGUUGUAUUUGUUUUUCGGUCUUAGAUUUGACGCGUCACAAAUUAUGUCACCUGGCCGUGCUCUCUGUGCCAAAACUAUACCAGUCUUGAAAAUAGAAAAGAAUGUUGUUUGUUAUUUCUCAGGUUCUAACGCUUGUACUGGGGUAAACUGUCCAAGUGGCUACAAAUGCCAUGUCAUAAAUGCAAACAACUUUCAGUGUAAAGGUUGGUACAUAUAAUGACCUUGAAAACGAUGCAAUCACGACGCUAUUUUGGGCUAUUUCAUUGCAGAUAUCACAUCAAUGAUUCAGAGUAAAUAAAUAUUUAUUGACUGUCUCUAGAAGAUUAGGCUUUUAGAGAGAGAGCGUUUAAACAUAUUUGAAAAAAACAUAUGAAAACAAAAAGGAUUUAAUCUUCUGAAAAGAUCACGUGAUCUACAUUAGGCAGAACUAAAACCUUAAACGAACGUCGUUCGUUGGUCCAUAAGUGUCAAAUCCACGUCCGCAAGUAUGUUACACUUAAGAACUGUCUUUUGGAUGUUAUGAAUUUCUUUAAUUUAUGACAAAGCAGAAAGAAAAUACCUUUUUCAUCUGGUCACAAGGUUAAGUCAGUUUUCCUUCCAUUUUAGACAUCAAUGAAUGCGAAGAUUCUCCUUCACGUUGUCAGGCCAAUCAACGUUGUGUCAACCACCCUGGUGGUUAUUACUGCACGUGCCAUCAAGGAUACCGACUCAAUCGCCUCACCGGCACUUGUCUAGGUUACUGAUUCUCAUUUUUGUUUCUUGUUUGUUUGUUAGUUCUUUUUUUCUUCUCCACCCACCCAUUUAUCCACCCUACAAUGCAUUUACUCAUCCAUCCAUUCAUGCAUCUAAGGCAUCUAUCCAUCCAUCCAUCCAUCCAUCCAUCCAUCCAUCCAUCCAUCCAUCCAUCCAUCCAUCCAUCCAACUAUCCAUCCAUCCAUCCAUCCUUCUUCCCUUCCUUUCUUCCGUUUAUCUGUCGGUCCGUCGGUACAUACAUACAUUUACCACUCCUUUUUCCUCGAAUACCUGCCUACCUACCUAGCCACCUGUCUACCUUUCUACCUAUUUACCUGCCUACACCAACCUAACUACCUACCUGUCUACCUACCUACCUACUUGCCUGCCUGCCUACCUACCUACCAACCUGUCUACCUUUCUACCCAUUUACCUGCCUACACCUACUUAACUACCUACAUGUCUACCUACCUACCUACCAACCUACCUACCUAUUUGCCUCCCUGCCUGCCUGCCUACCUACUUAGCUACCUACCCACCUACCUACCUACCUUCCAUCCAUCCAUCCAUCCAUCCAUCCAUCCAUCCAUCCAUCCAUCCAUCCAUCCAUCCAUCCAUCCAUCCUUCCUUCCUUCGCUGUCUUGGGCAUUUUCUAUUUUCCUCGUUCAAUUUCUGCUACUGCUUAUUUCCCGGCUUAACCCUUUCUCCCUCCUAACCAAAGUUGGCUGACACUAUAUAGCUAAGUGCAGCCAUACCUACUGAAACAGUGUUGCUGCAUCCCUUUCAUGCCAAUGGCUCAUAAUGCCACCUUAUUUCACUAACUAUUUUGGAACUUUCCACAGCAACGUACGACACAACGCGAUUGAUGAAAUUAAAUUCUGCUGCACUGCAAAGACAGUAAAUUAAACGAUCUAAUCUCUUGCCGAGGAAAAAUCCGACACUCGAUGAAACGACCCUUUGUUCCGUAAUCAUAGAUGUACAACUUUUGUUUAUUUUCUCUUUUUUUUGUCCAGAUAUCGAUGAGUGCGCCGAAAGGAGAUCAGGAUGUAAUCAGAUUUGUGAGAAUACAGCCGGUUCAUUCGUGUGUCGUUGUAGGAAUGGUUAUCAAAUGCAUUCGAACGGACAAACUUGCAGAGGUACAACACCUGUAUACAAUGACUGUGAUUAAGUAUUUAGUGUAUUUCACCUAUUAACCACGCCACAUGGUAAACUGGAUUGGACUCUUGGAAUGUUGGACCCAAUUCUUGGACUUAUUCUUUGACCAUUUUUAGACUAGUUUUUGGACCAUUUUUAAAGCAUUUUAGUAGGCAAGGGCGAUUUUCCAGCUGGAGAUCAGGAAAAGUGAGGUAUUAACAUCUAAUUACACCGAGUAAACAACACCAAAUUUCUAUGAAACCAAAGUUGUCUAAUGAAUUAGAUGCAAUGCGGAAUUCAACUCCUGAAAUGCCACAGGUCCACCCUAACACUGAGCAACCAUUGCAAUUGAGUUUUACGUAACAAGCAUCUACAGCUGCCUCGCUAGGAGAUACUAGCGGGGAUGGGGAGAUGAGGGACGGCUAUAUUCUCAGGCUGGUUGUUACGAUAAUAUUCGUAAAAGGAUUGUUAAGAUUAGAAGGUCAUGAAAAGUAGUUUCGACCUUUGAUGAGCUAUGGCUCAGCUAGCGGAAAAAGAAGACAGAAGACAGACCCUGUAGGUUUUUAGCCCGGGGGGGGGGGGGGGGGGUACUGGGUACUUCGUAAUAGUAUAGUCGCAUUUUCACGACUGGAUUGACUAUUAUGUGGUGCAUGUGGAUUGACUAUUAUGUACUAGAAUGGGGUCAGAGAAUUCAGGUAUGUAGGGAUUUAAAAAUAGUUAGAUUUACAGUACAUUAAGGUUAACCAAUGUGUCAAGUCAUUUCAGGAUGACCAAGUUAAAAGGCUUUAUAAGGUAGAUGCAUAAGAAGAAAGUGACUAAGUUGGGAUUGCGAGAAUUACUUUUUUUUCCUAAAGUGGCUAAGAUUGAGUCUUUGAUAUGGCCACAGAAUAGACUAUAAAGGGGUAGUUGUUCUGAGAGGCCAGCGGCACAUACCCAGCCAAAACUAGCCUACGUAACCGCCACGGGGGGGGGUAGGAAUUCGUUGCGAAUGAAAUACUUUCAUUUGUCAUUCUUUUUAAACAACAGACAUAGACGAAUGCUCCAAGGGUUCAUCUGGAUGUAACCAAAUGUGCCAGAAUACAUUGGGAUCAUUCGUCUGUCGUUGUAGAAGAGGAUAUGAACUCCAUUCGGACGGACGAACAUGCAGAGGUAUGCACCAGGCUGCGUUACUGAUACAUCCCACGUCUCUUGUUUUGUCUGUCUGCCUCUUUGUUGGUUUUUUUUUAUCAAAAAGAUCUUGUACCAAAAGAUUUAAUCAUAAAAUUUUCGUCCUUUAACGCACUUGAAAAAUGCUUACUUUCCGAGUUUGCGUCUUUUAAAAAAUUCCGUAAAAUAUAAGAUGUACGCCAUUUUUAAUUGCGUCACAGAUCCCCAACAACUGCAUCUUGCUCAUAAUUCAUGAAUCUAUUUUUUACCAAAUCAGUGGACAGCAAUUUUCUUGCCUUUGACUGGGUCCCGUGACUCAGAAUUUCCUUGGCUUUUCACUGACAGCUUCAAAGGAAAAAACUGUCGCGAUACAUGAAGCAGCUGUUUUAACAAAUAUUUUAAGAAAGCAGCGAAAGUUAUACAGUACAUUUGGCUUGUUUGUCUUUACUGGUAGGUUGAAGAGGGAGGCAGGCUUCAAUGUUUCUUUCUGUUUGUAUUUGUAAUAUCUUUCUCUUUGUAAUUUGGCAAUCGCCUAUUUCUUUUCCCGAUGGAUUAGCUUUAGUUAGUAGCUAUUUGCGGCGCAUCCAAUAUUGUAACUUUUUUAUUCUUGUUGAUAAAUUAAUUGUUUUUUUUUUUAAAUAUUGCAACAGAUUAAAGACCCAAGGUGCUGGUGGUGGUGACGGGGGGGGGGUUAGGAACCACCCCUGCCCCACAAAGUCGUUGUGUGGCAUUUUUAUGGAUAUCUAUCUGUUUUUCUUUCAGACAGAGACGAAUGUAGUUCCGUGAGAUGCGCCUAUCGCUGUCGGAAUACUCCUGGUGGCUACCGAUGUAUAUGCCCGAGUGGUUACAAUUCCACUGGCUACUACUGUUCAGGUAAAUCUUCUGUUACCUUGUACGGGUGGCCAUUCUGUGGAGCUUUCAGUAACAGAACAUGCUUUGUCUAAAAGCUGGGAGAGAGUUAAGUUGUAGUGGAGCAAAAGUCCCGUUGUUCAAGGUUUUGACUGUAAUUUGUCUCUCUCUUCUCUUCAGAUUUUGAUGAAUGCGAGGCUGGAGCAAAGUGUAAUGACGAUCAGUUUUGCUUUAACACUUAUGGGGGUCAGAGAUGCAUUCCUAAAUUAAAGUGCUAUACAAAUUACGAAAACAUGUCAGACACGUAAGUACAAAUGGUUAGGUUAGGUGAGGGGGAUGGGUUCGAACCAACCACAUGCUUCACUAAUUACACAAUAACUUUAUUUCACCCCCACCCCAUCGAUAACUUUUUUCGCGCCACUGCCCUUUCCCCCUAGCCUCGAGAGAUACUGCGAUUCACGUAUUUCUAAUUAGGAUUUUAAAAAUUGUUGACUUAUGCCAGGUUUAGCACCUAGGCAGCUUCACAUUCCUCUAAUUGCCAGGUCUAGACUAAAUAAAAGCUGUUUCUUACCUCCCGCGCGUGUUUUCUGGAUGCCAUAAUUAGUGCAAUAAUGGUAACUGCUUUGUAUAACAAUCCUUUGUACUCAGCGUAUACCAUUUCCUUGGUAUUUUUGUAUAUAUUUUUUAUAAAUUUCAUUAUGCUAUGGUCAACUCAAGUACUAUUACUUCAAGCACGCAUUGCUUGCCUAAAAUUACCAAGCGCGUUUAAUACUUGACAUUGCCUAAUUUCAAACCGAGCGGGCCUGAAUCGAGUCUGAUUAUUAUGGGAUAAAGAACAGGAGACCCACAUAGUUAGAAAGAGUACAUUUCAGUUAGGAACGUUCUCAAGUUUGGUGUUUACCGGGCGUAUAUUGAACGAGAUACAGCCAUUUAAAAAUGCAGAAUUUAAUAAGAAAUGAAAAGACGUCCGGAAGGUGUCUCCAGUAACCCAUAUAUUAUCUCUUACAAAUUUGCAAGUUUUUAAGUAGCUGUAUCUUGUUUAAUAUUGACCCGAUCAACAUCAAAACUCGAGAUUUCUACUAACUUCAAUGUGCUCUUUCUGACUAGGUGUGUCUCGCUUUGUUUAUUCCAAAAGAAACGGACUUGUACCCAGCCCUGCCCGGUUUGAAACUAGGCAAUUCACACUAUUUUCUGUCUCUUUUCUUUUGCUGUGUAGGAGGUGUGACCGAAGAUGCCCCGAUGGUGAUACUGCUUGUUACAACCACAACAAAGUUCAGCGCUACAGUCUCUGGACAUUCAAAAUGCGCAGCAAUGAUCCUCCAUACAGAAUCUUUAGCUAUCGAAUUGUCACUUACGGUAAGGCAUUAUUCACAACCAGUCUACGUCACGUGACAUUCAGGUUUGACAGACUUUUCAGAGUAUAAAAUAUAGGUUGGAAAUGUUAGUCGGGGUGCAUCCUAAAAUUUUUAGCUCCUUUUAUUUCCAGUUAAUACGUACAGUAUUUGACCACAAAAUCUCGAUUGAGUGUGUGCCAUAGCUGGUGAGUUCGUUUUCGUCGUUAUAAAAUUUAUACUAGGUUUUUCAUGGCCUCUAUGGAGAUAAUGUGCUCCUUAGGCAGAGCAGCAAUGAUGAUUAGUGUCCAUUUUUAUGGAUCGAAAGUCGUCUCAGCAAUUUGCAGCGACAAGUCAAGCGAUUUCUCGAGGGAACGAGAAAGCGUUGUGUGUUCCUCUUAAAAGCCAUGUUGAUUUUGAUUGAGAAAGGGCUGUGCAGUAUCAUUGUCUAAUUAAAAGAGACUUACCUGUCGAAAUUUGACCGGGAAUCUUCCAUAGUGUCUUCAAAACUGCAGAGACAUAUGAGUUAGCUAGUCACGUGACAUCGAGCUUAGUGCGAGGUUUGGCUUCGAGCGAGAUCCGGGCCUCUCUGUUUUUGCUAAUUUGCACGUGACGUCAUGGCAGUCAUGUUGCUGGUCAAGAACAACAACAUUUCUGUCUUCUGUGAAUUAAACUCCAUUUUCGUGCAAAUUCUUUGAAAUAAUUUUUAUUGUAUUGACCAACAACUUGGUCGCCAUGUCACGUGGUCGCAAAUCAAGGAUGAGUGGGUCCCUUAUUUACUUGACGAUCUGGUCGGAACCCGCCACUGAAAUAGCAGCUUUCGGCAUUGAUUCUGUACGUUAUGUCAUUGAAAACCAUUUUGAUUUCAUGGAGCGAAAUCGUUUGAAAUGAAUAACUUUUUUUUAACUGUUAUUUUUGCAGGCUACAAGAAACGUCCUGAAGUCAAAUAUUACUUUCAUCGUGGCAACAAAGAGAAUAAUUUUGAAAUAAUUACACGGGAUGAAAAUAAUGGAGUUUUCGCUUACAUUCGGAACAGAAACAGGAUCAAGGGCCCAAGGAUUUUCUACCUAGAGUUUCGAGGUGAUGUCGUCGAUAACGGGACAUUGGCGUCACGCUUUGUGCAUCGGAUGUAUGUCUUUGUAUCGCGUUAUGAUUUUUAGUCACGUAAGUGAACUUUUCUUGGCGUGACCAGUCGAAGUUGUUUACC